AUGGAAGCUAAAACGAAGCUAUGGUUAGUUGUAUCAGUUGUUUGUUUGGCUUCAAAUUGCAUGCAGCGAUCUGUCCAUGGAGAAUCACAGGUGCCUUGCCUUUUCAUCUUUGGGGACUCUCUAUCUGAUAGCGGAAAUAACAACAGACUUCGAAGAACAACUACAAAGACCAAUUACAGACCAUAUGGCAUUGAUUUCCCUUUAGGCCCAACUGGGAGAUUUACCAAUGGACAAACUUCAGUUGACCUAAUUGGUCAACAUCUGGGAUUUGAGAAUUUCAUCCCACCAUUUUCUUACAUUGGUGGCUCAGACAUACUUAAGGGUGUGAACUAUGCAUCCGGUGGGGCUGGGAUUCGCCAUGAGAGUGGCAAACAUAUGGGUGCGAAUGUAAAUUUGGGAGCACAGAUGCUAAACCACAGAAUCAUAUAUUCGAAAAUUGGCAUCAAAAUUGGAGGUUCUGAGAAAGCAAAACAAUACCUUAACAAGUGUUUGUAUUACGUUAAUAUAGGUAGCAAUGAUUACAUAAACAAUUACUUCCUUCCCCAGUUUUACCCAUCAAGUCACAUCUACACCCUUAACCAAUAUUCUGACAUUCUUAUUGCUCUGAUGUCUCAACAUAUACAGGUACUGCGUGAGGAAUAUGGGGCAAGAAAAUUUGUCCUAGUAGGAAUCGGUCACAUUGGCUGCACUCCAAAUGUGGUCUCUAGAAAUGGAUCUUGUGAUGAAGAGAUGAACAGUGCUGCACACAUGUUCAAUGUUAAACUCAAAUCUCUCGUGGAUCAAUUCAAUAACAACUUCAUUGAUGAUUCCAAAUUCAUCUUUAUUGACAGCUCAGCUGGAACCCUUGACAGUUUCAGUGUUGUAGAUGCUUCUUGUUGCUCAUCAGGGACGAAUGGGUUGUGUGUUCCGAAUGAAACACCAUGCCAGAACAGAACAACAUACAUGUUCUGGGAUGAAUUCCAUCCCACAGAAGCUGCCAAUAGAAUCAUUGCAAUGAAUUCAUAUAAUGCUUCUAAUCCAGCUUUUACUUACCCUAUGGAUAUCAAGCACCUUGUUCAGUCCUGA